AUACGCAUGCGCAGAAUGUCAGAAUGCUGUUUCCCGGGGUGGGGCUACGCAUGCGCAAAGCUCAAUAAUUGCACUGCAAAGAGGCAAACUGGUUUGAACCGGAUUGGAGGAGUGCUAACCGCAUCUCUUGACUGCUUCUCGCUGCCUCUUCUCUUUACUCAGCACUCUGCACUGUAUAAAAAUCCUGGAUAUCUAACAAUGGCAGCACAACAAGAACCAGUAGCAACUUUCAAACUUGUUUUGGUUGGUGAUGGAGGUACAGGAAAAACGACUUUUGUCAAGCGUCACUUGACGGGAGAAUUCGAAAAGAAAUAUGUUGCCACGCUUGGUGUUGAGGUACAUCCACUCGUCUUUUACACAAACAGAGGCCCAAUCCGGUUCAAUGUCUGGGACACGGCGGGUCAAGAGAAAUUUGGUGGUCUAAGAGAUGGCUACUACAUCCAGGGACAAUGUGCCAUCAUCAUGUUUGACGUGACGUCUCGAGUUACAUACAAGAAUGUGCCGAAUUGGCAUCGGGAUUUAGUCAGAGUCUGCGAGGGCAUACCCAUAGUCCUUUGUGGGAAUAAAGUUGACAUCAAGGAUCGUAAAGUCAAGGCCAAAGCUAUCACUUUUCAUCGAAAGAAGAAUCUUCAAUACUACGACAUCAGCGCUAAGAGCAAUUACAACUUUGAGAAACCUUUUCUCUGGUUGGCAAGAAAACUCGUCGGUGAUCCCAAUUUGGAGUUUGUGGAAAUGCCUGCCCUCGAGCCGCCCGAGGUCCAGAUGGACCCAACUUUAGCUGCCAAAUACGAGCAAGAGCUAAAGAGUGCGGCAGAGGUAGCAUUGCCCGAUGACAAUGACGAUGAUGAUUUGUAAUAAUUUAACGAACUACAAACUUUUCUUUGUGUAUUUGUUCAGUUGUACCCCUCGCUAUAGUAAUUUUAAAAUAAUAACAACAAUGAUAGUAAUGAAAAAUAGUAGUAAUACUGUUGUUCUAAAAUAAUUAUAAUAUUUUUA